CAAAACAAAAAUGGCGACAGACAGAGCAAUGGCGCUUUUUGAGAAAGUUGACUCAUUUUUGAAACCAUUCGACUCCACCGAGGUUCAGGAUGCCGGAGAGGCCAAGAUUAUGACCACAUACUUAAUGGACUGCAGACGAAAACAAAAGAUCAUGUGCCAGCAGCUGGGUGUGCUGGAUGACAUGUUGAAGUUGCUCGUAGGACUGGAGUCAGCAGAGCAGUUCCUGGAUGAACCCUGUCCACCUAAUCCAGAUUCGAAAGCCAGCGCUCCCUGGAAGGCUUUGAAGGCAGAGUAUCUGGAGCAAGUUCAGAAAGUGGAGUCACUGAUAAGCACACUAACAGAGCACAUGGACGAGCUCUUUAAAAAACGACAGAGACUAGAGGCACUGCUUGUAGCCCUGGAGAAGAAAAAAGAGGAGUGUAGAGAACAGGAAAGAGCUGCACUACAAUGGAAACAGAGAGCAGAAAAAAAUAUGAGUUAUCAAUUAGAAGAUUCCAUUCAAAACGCCCAGAAUGCUUUGCAUUCUUGUAACAGACGGCUUUCUGAACUCCAAAGUCAAGUUGAUGAGCAACUAAGCCAGGUUGCUAAUUGGACCUCCUUAAGACACAGGUUGCAGGAGAUAUUAGAGGUGACUCAAGCCAAUAUGCAGUACAGGCUGUUGUCAGUGACCCCAUCUGAGCUGUGUCUAGAGCUCCUUCCACGGUCUACCCAACAGUCACUGAAACCUUUGCAACUCUCCAUCACCACAACCACAGAGGGUCGCUUCCGCCUGCAGGUGUUCCAGGGCACCGCAGGACUUUUAGAGGAGUCAGUAGAAGGUCCUUUAAGAGAGCUGAGUGCCGCUCUGCUGGAGGUGAUGCAGCGCUACAUCAGUCAAGGAGAGAUGCUUGCUGAGAUCCAGGCUCUGCAUUCCAGGUUUGCCAUAGACUGGUGUCCUGCUAAACGGCUACUCAUUUUUCUCAAGUCUGCCACCACAGUGUGCCAUCUGGAGCUGGGUGAGGGCUACCCGUCAAGCGGCCGAGCCAGACUUCUUUCUGUGCGCAAAGAUGGCAACCUGCUUAACCUUUCCACCCUGCAGCCCCCUGUGAUGAAUCCUGCUCUUACAGACUGGCUUGAGUUUCUCUCCUGUAAUCCUGACUUCUAAACAUCAAUUGCAGCAACAAAUUAGUCAUGUAGGUGCGAUCCAAAAUUCUGACCAAUAUCUGUCUAUAAAUAUUUUAUUAAGACUCUUUUCAGCUAGUAUUCAUUUGUUUAGUAGUAUAUUCAUAUUCAAUCAUAUGCAUUUAAACAUUUCCAUGCUGUUUGAGAGAAUAAUGUAUAUGUAAUGUCUAUGCUGUUUUAUCUAAGCAGAUAUACAUUCUGUGUGCGUGUGUGUACUUUGUGUUCGUUUUUCUGUAUUUGCUUAAGUCUUUGUUACUAACUGUACACCGAUCAGCCAUAAUAUUAAAACCACCUCCCUGUUUCUACACUCACUGUCCAUUUUAUCAGCUCCACUUACCAUAUGCAAACACUUUGUAGUUCUACAAUUACUAACUGUA